AUGAGUAGUGCAGCUAGUUCAAGCAAGUGUAAUGGCACUGAAGAGGAUACGCUGCGCAAGCAUCUCAGGGACUUGAAGAGAGAUGGCACGCAAUGGACAGGAUUUGUUGAAUCCGAGACUUCGCUUCAAGCUCUUACCCGCGACUUUGCGGUGAUGAACGUUUCUUACACAACUGAGUCAUCACAUUACAAGUCAGAAGAACAGCGAAGGAAAGCCAAACUUGUGUUUUCUGCGUCAAAAGGUGCGGUUCCAAUAUCUCUCACAGCCCCUUUCAGGGUACUGUCUUCUGUCCACAAGGGCUGCAUUUUUGGGAAGGAUCGUCACAAUGUGCAGUCACAGCAAGAACAAAACAAAUCCUCCUGCACUGGCUCCUGUGACUGGAAUGCAGACACAUUCAAGAAAACGAAGAUCAAGGUACAGGGAACCAAGAAGAAAGGCUGCCCAGCUACCAUGCACAUAACUGAAAUUGAAGUCUUUCCUGAGCAUUGUUUGAACUUGCCACCUGAUGCAAGCGAGAGAAGACGGAAACAAGCCUCAAAGGCGGCACUAUCACGUCUGGCUGAAAAGCUGCAAACAACUGAAGGUGCAUCUGAGGUGAUAAGUGAAAAGCGCUACUACAUUUCCCUCACAUCCAAAGAAGGGCACAAGAACCACACCUUUGACACCGCACUGAGCCAUGCCCAACCAGUUGACCCACGGGUGUCUGAACGUAUACAGACACUGGUCAAAGGCGGAAUAACGUCAGUCAAAGAGGUACAAAGGUUCAUAGGGUUUUUUGUGCAAGAUGUACUGUUUGCUAGUGAAACACCACCUCCUGAGUCCUCCCGGGCAUUUUUUCCAACUAAAAAAGACUUUGAGAACCACAUACAAACAGCGCUAAGAAAAGAGAGGUUUAGCGAUGAAGAUUAG